AUGGUAGAUCAAGGCCACCAGGAUUUAGAACAAAAAAGAGCUGUGGAAAAAGGGUUGCUGGGGGGAGUAAUGAUGAAGGUUGAACAAUAUGAUGAUGAUUUGGAUCUUGCUGACUUCAUAGAAGAUGAGGAAGAAGUACAAUGCCUGUAUGAUGACAUCCCACCCAAAGAAUUUGAAGAUUACCUUGAUGGGACCCAAGCAAUGGAUAAGACAUACAAGAAUGGCAAGGUUUGGAGAGAUUGUGAAUUUGGAAGCAUUAAAUUGGAGCCAUGGUUGAUUUUUGCAAACAAAGAGUCAUUCUAUGAAGUGUUUAAGGAUUUUUGUGUACAAGAAGAUUUUGGAGUUUUUGUUGAAAAGAGUGACCCUACCAGACAUCUGCAAUCAGAUAUUCAAGCCAAUCCAGAUAUCCCAGUUGAGUCUCUGCAAAGAAUCUGUAUGGAAAGGUACAUAAUUCAAGUGAAGAAAAGGUUAUUUUACAAGGUGAAAGCAAUUGCCAAGGAGCUCAUUCAUGGUGGAUUUGGAGAGGCCUACAGUCUCCUUCCAAGAUAUGCUGAGAUGGUCAAGCAGACCAAUCCAGGGAGUUAUGCACUAGUGACAUGGACACAAGUUUGUGCAAAUGUCCAACCUAGGUACAAAGCAUGCUUCUUUUCUUUUGCUGCACAAGUUAGAGGUUUUUUGAGAGGCUGUAGGCCAAUCAUUGGCAUUGAUGGAGCCCAUCUUAGUGGAUAUUAUAAAGGGAUACUGCUAACAGCUGUUGGAAUUGAUGGGAACAAUGAGAUAUUUGUGUUUGCUUAUGGCAUAGUCUGUACAGAGAGUGUUGAGACUUGGGAUUAUUUUAUGAGGAAUUUAAAGUGCCUCUUUGAGAAAGAGGGAUGCAACAGAGAUGAUUGGACAUUUCUUUCUGACAGGAUGAAGGGAGUUGAUGCAACAAUUAUGGAGGCAUUUCCCAGAGCUAGUAGAAGAAUAUGCUGUCAACACUUGUACAGCAACUGCAAAACAAAAGGCUUUAGUGGAACAACAUUUCACAAACUGUUUUGGGUUGCUGCUGAUGCUUACAAUCCAUAUGUUUUCAACAAAGCAAUGGAGAAGAUUCAUGCCUACAAUCCAGAUGUUGUUCUGUAUUUGGAGAGUACCACUGAAGUUUGGUCAAGGCAUCAGUUUGACCCAGUUGUCUGUUGUGACCAUAACACAACAAAUUUUGUUGAAUCAUUCAACUCUUGCACCAAGCCAUAG